UAUUCGUCGAUCGAAGGUGGAAGAAUGGCUCAAACGACCCCAAACCACACACAGACAGUCUCCGGAUGGGCAGCCCAUGAGCCGGGCGGCAAGAUUACCCCUUUCACUUUCAAAAGAAGGGAAAACGGAAGUGAUGAUGUGACCAUCAAGAUACUGUACUGUGGGAUGUGCCAUACUGAUCUCCACCAUAUAAGGAAUGACUGGGGGAUCACCAUGUACCCUCUUGUCCCUGGGCACGAAAUUACAGGGGUGAUAACGAAGGUGGGAAGCAAUGUGAAUGGGUUCAAGGUGGGAGAUAAGGUUGGGGUUGGAUGCUUGGCUGCGUCAUGCCUGGAAUGUGAAUUCUGUAAGGAGUCGCAGGAGAACUAUUGCGACAAGGUUCAGUUCACUUACAAUGGCAUCUUCUGGGACAGUAGUAUCACUUACGGUGGCUACUCCGAAAUGCUCGUUGCCGACCAAAGGUAUGUUGUGCAUGUGCCGGAGAACCUUGCUAUGGAUGGGGCAGCCCCAUUGUUGUGCGCAGGGGUAACAGUGUUUUGCCCCAUGAAGGAUAACAACAUGCUUAACUCACCUGGGAAGAAACUAGGGGUAGUUGGCCUAGGUGGGCUUGGUCACAUGGCCGUUAAGUUUGGGAAGGCAUUUGGACUCCACGUUACCGUCAUCAGCACCUCUCCCUCCAAAGAGAUGGAAGCUCGAGAUCGCCUGAAUGCCGACGACUUCCUCCUUAGCACCAACCCCAAGCACAUGUUGGAAGGAAGAAGAACUCUGGAUUUCAUCAUUGACACUGUUUCAGCAAACCAUUCAUUGGGGCCCACUUUAGAGCUACUUAAAGUGAACGGAACUCUGGUUUUGGUGGGUGCUCCAGAGAAGCCUCUGCAGUUGCCUUCUUUCCCCCUUAUUUUCGGAAAGAGGGUGGUGAAGGGUAGUAUGAUUGGAGGAAUCAAGGAGACACAGGAGAUGCUGGAUCUAUGUGGGAAGCAUAACAUCACUUGUGAUGUGGAGGUGAUUAACCCAGAUCAAAUUAAUGAUGCAAUAAACCGGCUCGCUCAGAAUGACGUUAAGUAUCGAUUUGUCAUCGAUAUCGGUGGCACGGGAAAGUCCUCGGAGACUCAGAAAAACUAGCUAUGGCUGUACCUCAAUAGUUCAAUUUGUGUUAUUACUUGUAAUUCUCAUAAGUUGUCUCGAAUUGACAUUUUCCUGCUAGAGAUAUCAGACACUUUCAUUCCAUGAUAUAUCGCUAAU